AUGUCAAGGCAGCCGAUUAGGGUUGUAGCUAAACCGCCACCUGCACAACCACCGAGACCGAUCCAAAACUGGCGUAAUAACAGUUAUAAUGAGAUGUUGCGGAUCAGUGAGCAACAGCGAAAGCUUAUUGAAGCAAAUCGUCGAGAAAUUGAGGAACGGCAAGCAAGAGGAACGAAAGUUGAAAAUGCUGCUGCUCGGUUGGCAACAUUACGUAAUGAGGUACAUCUUGAAUUUCUUUUUCACCCUGAAGCAAUGGUUCUUCGAGAAGAACGCGAAAUGGCCAGGUUAACUGCUAUGCAGCGGGAGGCACGUGAAGUAUGCGUAGAAAGAGCUGCUGCCGAAAGGCAACUGUUUGGGCUUCAGUCCACUUUUUCGUCUCAGGAGCAACAGCUUCGCAACGCUGCUUCAAAGGUGGAGUACUUGACCACACAGCUAGCACUUUUACACCGAAGACGUUUGUCAGCAGUAACCGCUGCAAUUGCACAGCAACGAAAAGUAAAUUCGGCUUAUGCUGCUCAGAAUUCGUCUAUCCAGAGCGAUGAUACUUCGCGUUCUACUACAUCCAGCGAUUGUAUUGUCAGGCCUCGCGCGUCAGUGGAACCCUUUCAGAUAACUCGACCGUCUAUAAUAAUGAGUAAUGAAGAAAAACGGCAGAUAAAUUUGCCUCCUCCACCGCCACCUCCUCCGCCGAUGUUAGCUGUGCCGUCAAGGACACCCAGUGCUUUACAGCAUAAUUCUCGGACGUCUUCAGUUAAUGAAGGGGAUAGCACAGACAGAGUUGUUUUUCGUGCUCAGCCUGUGGUUGAUCGAGGUUGUCGAGAGGAAACGCCUUCUCCACCCAAAGAUCCUUACCCGUCACCGUAUGAUGGUGGGCAAGAGCAGUGCAAGGGUUCUUCGGAAAACAAAAAUUCUGUCUGUACGGUUUCAACAAUAUCCCCUUCUAAAUUACCGAAUGGCAUUCUCAAUACCGAUCCUGCUUACGGGCAAGCUAGACGAACCGCAAAUAUUCAUCAUUUUUGGAACGAAACGCGAGCUUUUGAUGAAGAACAGCCUCCGGCAGAUUUAGUAAGGAGGCUUAUGAAGGAAGAUGAGAAUAAAUUAGCUCGCGCUGAUCAAAUUUCAAUUCGAGCUGAUACACUACGAGCUGCAAAACGAAGGUCAUGGGCACAACAGGAGUCAUCUGUUGAUGAAACAGAACAUAUUCGAAAGAUUCUGUGCGAGGAGCAGAAGAAGGGACGUACUCAUUUAGUUCUUGAUCCUCAUCUUGAGAUGAUAUUAAAUCAUGCGUCUCAUCAUCAGGAGACUCAUGAAGAAGUUGUAACAACCGAAUCUUCCGAUGCUACAACUAGCAGUACUCCUACGUCGGAAACUGAAUUGCUUGAGAAAUCUAAAGAGUUAGAGGAGAAACAGAUUGUGAUUGAAGAUGUUGUCGAAAAAGACUUUGAAAGUAGCCCUGUUCAGCAGCAGUGGGUUGACGAAGAAAUAGAAGAAAAAACUGUAGAUACGAGUUUAACAUCCGAAAUCGAUGUAGAAACUUUAAAGCUGAUCAAACCACCACCUGAAAAAGGGAUUUUGCGCACUGCUAAUUCAAAGAAAUCGAAUCGUCGAAUUGUUUUUGAUCCGUUAGCUCUUCUGCUAGAUGCAGCGUUAGAGGGUGAAAUGGAUCUAGUGAAGUCGAGCGCUGCGAAGAUGACCAAUCUGUCUGCAAGUAAUGAUGAGGGGAUUACCGCUUUGCACAACGCAAUUUGCGCGGGACAGUAUGAUAUUGUACAGUUUCUUGUGGAGUCAGGGGCUGAUGUCAACGCGCAGGAUUCUGAUGGAUGGACUCCAUUGCACUGUGCUGCUUCUUGUAAUAAUUUGCUUAUGAUGUAUGCUGCUUAUUCGUACGAAGCAGAAAGAGAUGAUGAGUUGACAUUCCCGGCAAAUAGCUGCUUAACGGUGAUAGAUAAGGAUACUGGUGAGCAAACAUGGUGGUUAUGUGAGUAUACUUCUGAAGACUCGAAGGAAGUGAAAAGAGGACUUGUGCCGAAGAAUUUCUUAUCACUCUAUCCCUCACUGACGAGUAGGCACUCAGAUUUCAAACAUUUUGAAUUGCCAAUUGAAAUGCCAAAUACAGGGAACGAGAAGAACAAUAAUAUGUUCAAAGAUGAUCAGUUGAAUGCUGUAAUCCAACCACCAUUGAUGCUUUCUGCUGCUUCUUAG